GUAUCCUGCCCGCUUACCCGCCACGCCUCCUCUUGUUGGAUCCGGUUCUAAGUAAACUGUGUUCUUUGACAGCCAUUGCAUACAGAUGAGUUGGCAGCCGGUCUGAGCUGACCCACAGACUCAUAAAAACCAACAGGGCCCCGGGCCCCUUCACCUGUGCCAUCCAAACUCUUGGGACCAAAGGUGCAAGGACUCACUAACAUCAAGGACCUGGCUGCUUUCUCGGGGACCAAGGAACUGAGCUUUUGUCUCUGCAUUCAUGCUGGCAAUCCAUGAGGUUUAAUCGAUUACCUUGGGAAAUUUGCCCUGUAAAACACAGGCAGUUGGCUCAGACGGGCAUCCGGGCAACGCAGAGCUGGAAUUCAAAUCUGACUCCAGAUCCGGUGUUUCAAGCUCAGAGAGUCGGGGACACCUGCGUGUGCUCUCCAGAUCAGUGUGUUGACAGAAAGAAUGUUCAAGCAUCUUCGGAAAUGGUUUGUCACUCGCUUUUUUGGGCGUUCUCGGCGGAGAGCGAGGCUGGUCUCCAAAGAUGGAAGGUGCAACAUUGAAUUUGGCAACGUGGAGGCACAGUCGAGGCUGAUAUUCUUUGUGGACAUAUGGACGACCGUGCUGGACCUCAAGUGGAGAUACAAAAUGACCAUCUUCAUCACAGCCUUCUUGGGCAGCUGGUUCUUCUUUGGCCUCCUCUGGUACGUGGUCGCCUAUAUCCACAAAGACCUCCCUGAGUUCCAUCCCCCUGCCAACCACACCCCUUGUGUGGAACACAUUAAUGGCCUGACCUCAGCUUUUCUGUUUUCUCUGGAAACGCAAGUGACCAUUGGCUACGGAUUCCGGUGUGUGACAGAACAGUGUGGCACUGCCAUUUUUCUGCUCAUCUUCCAGUCUAUACUCGGAGUCAUCAUCAAUUCUUUCAUGUGUGGUGCUAUUUUAGCCAAGAUCUCCAGACCCAAAAAACGUGCCAAGACCAUUACUUUCAGCAAGAACGCAGUGAUCAGCAAGCGGGGUGGGAAGCUCUGUCUCCUGAUCCGAGUGGCUAAUCUUCGGAAGAGCCUCCUCAUUGGCAGUCACAUAUAUGGAAAGCUUCUGAGGACCACCAUCACUCCCGAAGGAGAGACCAUCAUUUUGGACCAGAUCAAUAUCAACUUUGUGGUUGACGCAGGGAAUGAAAAUUUAUUCUUCAUCUCCCCACUGACGAUUUACCAUGUCAUUGAUCACACCAGCCCCUUCUUCCACAUGGCAGCAGAAACCCUUCCCCAGCAGGACUUUGAACUAGUGGUGUUUUUAGAUGGCACGGUGGAGGCAACCAGUGCCACCUGCCAAGUCCGGACAUCCUAUGUCCCAGAAGAGGUGCUCUGGGGUUACCGUUUUGCUCCCAUAGUGUCCAAGACCAAGGAAGGGAAAUACCGAGUGGACUUCCAUAACUUUAGCAAGACUGUGGAAGUGGAGACGCCUCACUGCGCCAUGUGCCUUUAUAAUGAGAAAGACGCUCGAGCCAAGGUGAAAAGAGGCUAUGACAACCCCAACUUCGUCUUGUCAGAAGUCAACGAAACAGACGACACCAAAAUGUAACACUGAGUUUUCAACAGGAGUAGAGAGAAAUCUUGAAGAUACCUAGUUAACUAGAAACAUUAUGAAACAAUCAACAAUUUGGGGUAUGGCAGUAGGAGGAGAGCCUUUAAAGCCUCCCUGAACCAUGUCCUGAGCCCCAAACCAUGAUCCUGCAAGACACGCAGCUCUUCAAGUUAAUUGCAUGAGAACGUGAGAUGGAUUUACAGGAAACUGAAAUAUGGGAGCCAUGUGCUCAGUUCCUCAGUCGUGUCCAACUCUGUGCAGAGCCCUCCAGGCUCCUCUGUCCAUGGGAUCUCCCAAGAAAGAGUACUAGCGUGGGUUCCAGGAUGGGAGCCAUAGGAGCUCACAUAAACUCUCCAAUAGGAUUAUUUGAAAACAUGCAGUAUUGAUUGGCACAGACAAGAAUCAUUGAAAGCCUCAUGGACAGGCCAAAUGAGAUCUUUUUAAGAGUCUCCCUAAAGCAAUUAUGAACUUUAUUGAGGAUCAGGGGGAAACUAUAUUCUUACUUUGAUUCUACUGAUAAGAAAGAAAUCACUUUUAUUUUAACAUUGGCUCUUAUCAAAGGAAAAGUUGCCUCCUGAGUUGGGGGAGAUGAACCAAUCAAUGACAGUGAGAAAAGACGGAUGCCCAGUGAACAUUUGUGAAGCUCUGAUCUUCUCCAGCCCUUGUUGUUGGAGCUUUUGUAUUAGUCUGGGUCAUGCUGCUUUCCCAGAGCAGGGAAGACCCAGUCCAUGGACCCCACAUCUGUAGGUACCCAGUGAGGAGAGGAGUGUGGGACACAGCCUGCUCCACGGCAUCCCGACAUCCUGCAGUGAAGCCAGCGUUUUGGCCCAUGUACUUUUAGACAGAAGCUAAAGCACCACUCUAGGAUCUCAUGAACACUCUCCUGUAAGAAAGGAUGCUUGGUUUGAAAAUAGGUUUGAUAUUUCUUCCCAUUUGUGUUCGAUGGGAGAAGGGGCUGGCUUCAAAUCUGUUAAAACAGUACUUCCUGAUUUUCUAAGAAGGCAAUGAGGAGUCUGACAGUUGGAAAGGCAAUUUAGAACGGAAAACACUGCUAAUGCUUCCGAGAAAAAAUAUGUCUUAUGUUUUUCGCCUGAGGGUUUGUAACUGAAAUGCUGUUUCUAAAGGAGAAGCAUGGAAGGGUGGGGAAUGGGAUGUGACUUCCCUAUAAGAAAAAUGCUAGGUCUUCCUGCCUCUGAGAGCCAACACCACAUUCUUCCUCAAAGAGACCACUGUGAUAUCCUUAUAUUAUGUGUGUGUUAGUCGCUCAGUCUGGGUCCAACACUUUGCAACUCCAUGGACUGUAGCCCGCCAGACUCCUCUGUCCAUGGAAUUCUCCAGGCAAGAAUACCGGAGAAUUCCAUGGACAGAGAAGUAUUUUAUUUUGCUCUGAAGGAGGGGAUUUAACUGUGAAUGUCUUGUUCAGUUCCCCACCCCCUUCAUUAUUUUGAAUGUAUUCUGGAGAGGACGGUACCCAAAACUGCAUAGGAAUCAAAAUGUUUUCAGUGUGUUGAUUAACAUAUUAAAUCUCUGUGACGUCCUUUCCCCAA